AUGGGUCUUAGAGACAUUGGUGCUUCACUGCCCCCUGGGUUUCGGUUUUAUCCGAGUGAUGAGGAGUUAGUCCUUCAUUACCUUUACAAAAAGAUCACAAAUGAGGAAGCUCUCAAGGGUACCUUGGUUGAAAUUGACUUGCACAUAUGCGAGCCAUGGCAGCUUCCUGAGGUGGCUAAGCUCAAUGCAAAUGAAUGGUACUUCUUCAGCUUUCGUGACCGCAAAUAUGCAACUGGCUUUCGGACCAAUCGGGCAACGACAUCUGGCUAUUGGAAAGCAACGGGAAAGGAUCGUACGGUGUUCGACCCAAUCACGCGUGAGGUUGUAGGGAUGAGGAAGACAUUAGUGUUCUAUAGGAACAGAGCUCCAAAUGGAAUCAAAACGGGAUGGAUCAUGCAUGAGUUUCGCUUGGAGACCCCACACAUGCCCCCUAAGGAGGACUGGGUUUUGUGUAGAGUAUUUCAUAAAGGCAAAGCAGACAACAGUGCCAAACUCAACCAACAACUCAUGUUCGAGACCACAGUUCCAUCCCUAACUUUGGCUUCAUCAUCACCAACCAACCAAACUAUGCCGGUUGGGUAUAACCAACUUGCCCCUUUCUCUUCCACAAUGGCAACCCAUCAUCAUCAAAACCCAAACCAAAAUAAUUCUUUGAUGAAUCUCCUUCAGUUUUCUCGGGAAACAAAUUACAACAACGGUAGUAGUGUUACUCAAAUUAGUCCCAAAGGUGACGAUGAAUAUGGGUUCUUAUGGGACAUGGAUUUGGAAGAAAAUAGCUUCCAUGAUGGGGUGGCCUCAAACUUGGACGGAAUGAGAUUCGAGGUUGAUAAUAAUAGUAUGGUCUUGUUAUAA